AUGAUCACUCUUCCACAAGGAGAAAGACUAGAAUGCUUUAAAAUUGAUGGAUAAUUCAUAGGUACACUCACACUAUGUAACAAUAAACCAAACAAGUUAUUAAAUUAUUUAAUCUUAGCUAUUGUGCCUUCAAAAUCAGAACAAAUAAUACAUAAGAUAUUUAAGUUAUGCCACAUAUAGGAUCAUUUACAGGAUAGUAUUUUAAAAUUACAGUCAAAUGCUAAAAAUUCUAAGGUACUUAUAUUCUAUUGUAAUGUUAGCUAAUGCAAAACUAUAAAUUCUGACUGUGGAUUUGACUGAUUAAAAUUUUAAUAAGACAGACGUUAAAUCUCUUGCAACUUAUUUUGAUUCUUAUUCUAAUAGCUAUUUUGUUCAAAAAAUUAAAAUAGAAAUUAUUACUAUCGAUUAAAAUUAAUUGACUAAAUAGUCAAACAUUAUUAAUCAAUCAAUAUCCUUGAAUAAAAACAUUGAGGAAAGUAUUUAUCAUUAAUAAGAAUUCACUUAUGAAUAAAAUGCUUUAUUAAAAAAAAAUGAACAAAUCAAACAAUAACAAAUUAGAAACUCAUAUACGAAUUCUGAAUAACCCUAAAGUAUUAGUAGAGUUUCUGCUUCUGAAUAAAGAUUUCUUACAUCUACAACUUUCUAAUAAGUUAAAUAAACUCCAUCUAAAUAAUCAUCAAAUUCAUAAAAUAAUUUAUAAUUAGAUUAUCCUCCCCCAAAACCCUAAUCUUAUCCACAUUAACCAUAACAACCAAAAAUUCAUAAUUAAUAAGAAAAAGAAUUAGAGGAGGAUCCAUAAGUCUAAAAAUUAAAGCAAAGAAUACAUUAAUUAUAAAUAGAAUUCAAUAACUAAUAGGAACAACUUUCAAAUAUUGAAAAAUAAAAAACUUAACUGUUAACAUAAGAAACCAAUCAAAAUUAAGGGUAAAUAUAUGUAGGUGUUUAACAUAUUUUUUUUUCUGCUCUAAUUUGUUUCUUAAUUGGCUAUGUAGCAACAAAUUGA